AUGUUCUGCCGACGACUGCCCACUCUGCUCCUGAACCUCUCCGUCCUGGCUCUAGCAACACCAGAAACCUACCCACCAUGGCAGAAGCCACACUGCAAGCAUCCAUCGGUCGUCAGCUGCUGCGAGUCCUUCUUCACAGGCAACGACGCGCCACCAGGACUCGGCAUAAACCUCGCCUGCUUCGAUCUAGGCCCCACGGACCUACAAUGCGUAUACUCCGAAACGAACGGCAAAGCCUACGACUACUGCAUCGGCACCUGGGCCUGCUGCGAAGUCGACGUCCUCUCCACCGUCGCGAUCCAUUGCACGACGCCCGCGAAUGGAGGUGCGUGUGCUGGUUUCAGCGUCAGCGACUGCACGAAUGUUGGGGUCCGAUGGCCUAGCUGUCUCUGGGGCCCUUCUCUUGAUGUUGGCGCGAAUGCUUUUGAUAAUGUUUUGGGGGAUACGGUUGUUGAUCGGAUUCAUAGUGGUGGGAAGCCGUCUGGACCGCACUGA